CCCCCCCCCGGCCGGGAUUGGUACAGUCCGAGUGUGAGCUGAGGCGGAGGCUCAGUGUUUGGAGCUGAGUGAGAGCUUCUAGGCUGAGCUGAGUGUGAGUGAGGAUCCAGGACAUGGUGUGAGUCAGACAGCAUGGCUUCAGCAGACCUCAGGUUCCAAGGUAAGGACUCCAUCUGAGUGACACUCACUGUGACCUGCACUCAGCCCAGGCACACUCACUGUGACAGUCACUCAGCCAGCCAGGUACACUCACUGUGACAGUCACUCAGCCAGCCAGGCACACUCACUGUGACAGUCACUCAGCCAGCCAGGCACACUCACUGUGACAGUCACUCAGCCAGCCAGGUACACUCACUGUGACAGUCACUCAGCCAGCCAGGCACACUCACUGUGACAGUCACUCAGCCAGCCAGGUACACUCACUGUGACAGUCACUCAGCCAGCCAGGCACACUCACUGUGACAGUCACUCAGCCAGCCAGGCACACUCACUGUGACAGUCACUCAGCCAGCCAGGUACACUCACUGUGACAGUCACUCAGCCAGCCAGGCACACUCACUGUGACAGUCACUCAGCCAGCCAGGUACACUCACUGUGACAGUCACUCAGCCAGCCAGGCACACUCACUGUGACAGUCACUCAGCCAGCCAGGUACACUCACUGUGACAGUCACUCAGCCAGCCAGGUACACUCACUGUGACAGUCACUCAGCCCAGGACACACUCACUGUGACAGUCACUCAGCCAGGACACACUCACUGUGACAGUCACUCAGCCCAGGACACACUCACUGUGACAGUCACUCAGCCCAGGACACACUCACUGUGACAGUCACUCAGCCAGGACACACUCACUGUGACAGUCACUCAGCCCAGGCACACUCACUGUGACCUGCACUCAGCCCAGGACACACUCACUGUGACAGUCACUCAGCCAGGACACACUCACUGUGACAGUCACUCAGCCAGGACACACUCACUGUGACAGUCACUCAGCCCAGGCACACUCACUGUGACAGUCACUCAGCCCAGGACGCACUCACUGUGACAGUCACUCAGCCCAGGACGCACUCACUGUGACAGUCACUCAGCCCAGGACACACUCACUUUGACAGUCACUCAGCCCAGGACACACUCACUGUGACAGUCAUUCAGCCCAGGACACACUCACUGUGACCUGCACUCAGCCCAGGUACACUCACUGUGACAGUCACUCAGCCCAGGACACACUCACUGUGACAGUCAUUCAGCCCAGGACACACUCACUGCGACCUGCACUCAGCCCAGGACACACUCACUGCGACCUUCACUCAGCCCAGGACACACUCACUGUGACCUGAACUCAGCCAAGGUACAAUUACUGUGACUGUCACUCAGCCAGGCACACUCACUGUGACAGUCACUCAGCCCAGGUACACUCACUGUGACCUGCACUCAGCCAGGACACACUCACUGUGACCUGCACUCAGCCCAGGCACGCUCACUGUGACCUGCACUCAGCCCAGGCACGCUCACUAUGGCCUGCACUCAGCCCAGGCACACUCACUAUGGCCUGCACUCAGCCCAGGCACACUCACUGUGACAGUCACUCAGCCCAGGUACACUCACUGUGACAGUCACUCAGCCCAGGUACACUCACUGAGAUAUUCACUCAGCCCAGGUACACUCACUGUGACCUGAACUCAGCCAAGGUACACUCACUGUGACAGUCACUCAGCCAAGGACACACUCACUGUGACAGUCACUCAGCCAUGCGCACUCACUGUGACAGUCACUCAGCCCAGGUACACUCACUGUGACAGUCACCCAGCCAAGGUAUACUCACUGAAAUAUUCACUCAGCCCAGGUACACUCACUGUGACAUUAAAUUACUGUUACAUGUGCUUACCUCAUUUAUCCGCACCCUGUGUUGUGUAUCCAGCCCAAGUAUACCUAUCCCAUCUUACCUCUUACUGUGACACUCAGAUCUACACAGUACUAUUCCCCUGGGUAUUACUUUCCGAUAUACACAGUACUAGCCUACUGAGUGUACCAGUCUGAUAUACACAGUACUACCCCACUGAGUGUACCAGUCUGAUAUACACAGUACUAGCCCACUGAGUGUACCAGUCUGAUAUACACAGAACUAGCCCACUGAGUGUACCAGUCUGAUAUACACAGUACUAGCCCACUGAGUGUACCAGUCUGAUAUACCCAGUACUAGCCCACUGAGUGUACCAGUCUGAUAUACACAGUACUAGCCCACUGAGUGUACCAGUCUGAUAUACACAGUACUAGCCCACUGAGUGUACCAGUCUGAUAUACACAGUACUAGCCCACUGAGUGUACCAGUCUAAUGUAAAGGUUGCCACACAAAGUGCAUUAGUUGGGGAUACAUAGAACUGGCACAUGAGGUCAAUUUCUGGACAACCCGACAGUACAUCUGACAUUGGAAUCAUCCUCUAUUGCCAGAAUUUGAUGAAGCAGCUGACCUUCUAGCUGCCAGUCCCGAUGCCUCAACGAUGAGUACGAAGCCGGAGAGUAAAGCCCAGCAUGCCACACUGCACAUGGGGGCCGACAGUGAGGGAGAUGAAGGUGAAACAGAUCAGACAGAGGUAAGAGUCAGUCUGUAUCAUUUGUCUUAGUUAAUCCUCCCAACCAAUGAAGAAACCAGUAUUUGUCCUAAUAUUUCUGGUUUAAAUGUUCAUCAGCUUUGGCCAGCCAUCACAUCACGUUUUGUUCAUACCUGGCUUAGCUUUUUGUUUUUUUGUUAGCAGCUAAGCAGUGCAUUUCUGGAUACGUGUCUAGUAAACAGUUAAAAUGUUAUAAGUAUUUCCCCUUUCUUUCCAGCUUCUCGCUGCCCAGAAGAAGCCAUCAAGUUUCUGGACCUUUCAGUACUAUCAGGACUUUUUCGACGUAGACACAUACCAGGUAAAGAGCAAGCACUACAUGGGGUAGGGUGCAUCAGCUAACAUGGGCAGAUGUAAAUUAAAUCCUCCUUUUUCGUUUCAGGUAUUGGAUAGGAUUAAGGCCUCUGUUAUCCCCCUUCCUGGGAAAAACUUUGUACGGCAUCAUUUGAGGAACAAUCCUGACUUGUACGGACCGUUCUGGAUCUGUGCCACGCUAGUCAUCACACUAUCCAUCAUGGGAAACCUUUCAACAUUCAUUCAGAUGCACGACCGUGCUGGUUACAACUAUAACCCUCAGUUUCACAAAGGUUGGUUUUUACGGCUCUGUGUAACGAUGCUGAAUAUGCAGUCUCAUUGUCUCAUUUAGGUAUCCAAAAGCUAAUGUUUCUGUCUUAUAUGCACAACUGAAUGAAGAGAAAAGGCAAUCUGAAGAAAAAGAGAGAGUAAAAACUUAAUAUUUAUUUUAAUUUAUAUAAAAAGAAAAUGGUAAAAACAUGGUGGUGGGUAACACCCUAAUCAAUUAUUAGAAAAACCAAUCCUGUCAUAUGAAUAUUCAGUGUUAAAAAGAAAAAGCCAUUCAAGUAACAUUUACAUAGAUAAACACUUGUAGCAAUUUAUGUCAAAAACAAAACCUACAGAACAGUGGAGAAAUCCUGGAGAGUGAUAGCAUAAGGAAGAGGCAAGUAGGAAAAAGAGCCCCUGAGAAUCAGCCCCUAAACGUGCCUUCGAUAGCACCUAUGCUUAGUCUGAAAUCCCACUGACCGCUGCUGGCUAUAGGCUCCCUGAUUGAAAAGAGACACAGAUAAAACAAAUGAUAGGUAUAGAGGAAAAAAGGUGAUAAUAGCCAGGUCCAACAGUGCUAAACACAGUCCAUGUAGCAUUAUAGAAGCCAUGUAGGCAGGAUAGCAGAACCGGCUGUAUUCAGAGCUCUAUCGUUUCUCUCUCUCUUUAAUUGCAGUAAUAUAAUUAAUGUCCCUUCUGUGUCACCCUGUUGGUGGAAAGACAGCCUCCAUGUCCCAUUGCUUCCUACCGCCUGUGUUACCCUGUAUUGGUAGAGAGGUACAAACCCCAAGUCCCUGGCCUUAUCUUAUAGUUAGGACAGCCUUAUGCCUAUCCCACGCAUGCUUAAACUCCUUUACUGUGUUAACCUCUACCACUUUAGCUGGAAGGCUAUUCCAUGCAUCCACUAACCUCUCAGUAAAGUAAUACUUCCUGAUAUUAUUUUUAAACCUUUUUGCCCCUCUAAUUUAAGACUAUCCUCUUGUUGUGGUAGUUUUUCUCCUUUUAAAUAUAGUCUCCUCCUUUACUGUGUUGAUUCCCUUUAUGUAUUUAAAUGUUUCUAUCAUAUCCCCCCUGUCUCGUCUUUCCUCCAAGCUAUACAUGUUAAGAUCCUGCAAUCCAUGAACCAGUUUAGUAGCCCUUCUCUGAACUCUCUCUAAGGUAUCAAUAUCCUUCUGAAGAUACGGUCUCAGUACUGUGCUACUCCAAGGGUCUCACCAGUGUUCUGUACAAUGGCAUGAGCACUUUCCUCUUUCCUACUGUAAUACCUCUCCCUAUACAACCAAGCAUUCUGCUAGCAUUUCAUGCUGCUCUAUUUGUCUCCCCAAGGACCACUAUGGUACCAGGGAAAACACUUUCAGUUUUCCUGUACUACUCUUCACCUAGUCAAUGCCCCACCUGCGGGCUGUAGGGUGAGGAAAGUUAAAAGCAUUACCUUUCUCCCAGCUGAUGGGAGCUCUCGCCUCCCGAUCCUCCUCCUCCUCCUCCCACUUCCCCAUUUUUUUUGCAGCGUGGCAAGAGCUAGCAUUCAGCCCGGUCUCUGCCUCAAGCAUUCAUAAUGCUUUUCUGUAGAUAGAUGUUCUCACUGUGAUUUUCAUAGUGAAAUCGCAAGCGCCUCUAGCGGCUGUCAAUGAGACAGCCACUAGAGGAUUUGAGGGCUGGAUUAACCCAUUCAUAAACAUAGCAGUUUCUCUGAAACUGAUAUGUUUAUAAAAAAAAAUGGGUUAACCCUAGCUGGACCUGGCACCCAGACCAUUUCAUUAAGCUGAAGUGGUCUGGGUGCCUAGAGUGGUCCUUUAAGUCAUCAGAAAUAAUUACCCCGAAAUCCCUUUCCUCAUAUGUUGAGGUUAGGACUAUUAUCAAAUAUUCUGUACUCUGCCCUUGGGUUUUUACGUCCAAGAUGCAUUAUCUUGCGGUUAUCCACAUACUAGAAUCCUUCCAAGGUGCCUCACAGUCAAAGGUGGCAUAACCUCAAUUCCAGAGUAAACCCCAAAAAAUGGUCUGGACACUCAAAUAUACAUCCAGUACAGACUUUAUUGGACACAAAUGUUUUGAUUUAACAGAGUCUUUAUCAAGCUGUAAAGAACCAACACAUUCACAGUAUCUUUUAUUUAUGUAUAAUAUGGUGCAAAAGAUGUACGACAUCACUUCCGCUGUACAUUGCAGCAUUUUUGUAAUGGGAACACAGCUGUAAGUAAUGCUCACUAAUCCUUUGAUAGAUAUAGAGAGAGAGAGAGAUAUGACAUUGUAAAUGUGUUGGUUCAAUUUAGCUUGAUAAAGACCCAGUUGAGUCGAAAUGUUGGCUUUCGUGUCCAAUAAAGUCUGCAUUGGAUGUGUCCUUUGAGUGCCAGGACCUUUCUUUCUGCUAUUCCAUGUUUUGUUAGACUUCCUGUCCCAGAGCUGAACUGUAUGCUAUAUUCUAGUGAUCCUCUGCCUCCUCUGUUUCAGUGUCUGUGGCUGGUGUAAUUAUAUACAGUUAUGCCUGGCUUGUUCCACUUGCCUUAUGGGGCUUCCUACAAUGGAGGAAAGGCGUGAUGCAAGGUGUGGGGUCUUACAGCUUCUUGGAAACAGUGUGUGUCUAUGGAUACUCCCUUACUGUCUAUAUUCCAACUACGGUGAGUGCACUAUAUAAUCCUACAUUAAUUCAUACUUUCUGGCCCUGCAGAUGUUUAUUGCAGUAAUUAUUACGAUAUCAUGCUCAGGAGAUGAGGCAUGUAGCUAAGCCAGCUUAUCUAACCCGUUUUAAGGUGUCCAUUGGCACCUACCAUCACAAAAUGUUACAAUCAUUGGAGCGAAAAGGACGUGUAAACUCAAUACUUUGUGUGUGUCCACAGACAAAGUAAUAUGCCAAAUGUCUAAUUUUCACAGGCAAUUCCUGGCUGAUGAAUAAUACCGUUUGUUCACAAACUGCAAUUUAGUUUUUUCCUUUUAACAAAGAUUAUAAAACUAAUGUACCCUCAAGGGAAGGAUGCACUUUGCAAUUUCUGAGGCUCCUGUAUUCUCACUUGACGAGGUCUAAAGGUGUAGACACACAGGGUGUUCUUGUGGAGGGUAAUAUCAUAUAAGGAUGUCCUUUACGUCUAUUGCAUCAGAAGCCUAACUCCACACUUUUCAGGCAUCUGCAAACGCACCACUGUCAAAGAAAGAAAAAUGAGUCCAAAACUAAAUAAAAAUGCAGAAUUCCAUUCCCAAACCAGGACUUGACAACACCCAAUUAGCUAACUGGACACCAACUUCUCGAAUUAAUUUCAGCUUAAAAGUACUGGCAAGAAGGCUCAAUCCAAUACUUACUUUAUUAGUUCACCUUGAUCAAGUUUGCUUUAGCCCAGGGAGACAACUCUGAGAAUACUCGAAGAAAUAUUGACCUAGUAUGCCACCUUGUUGACUCUGACACCUUGUCUGGUCCUUUCUUCAGAUGCGGAAGUGAGCAGCCUUUUAAAUUUGAGCUUCUAACUCAACCUGGCUUUACUCUUGCCAUGUGUUACAGCGGUCUAAGUCUUAUACGCAAAUUUGAGAGCACUGACGAUAAUGGGAUCUAAAACUACAUCAUUCAAAAUAGUGAAUGGAACUAGGCAGGGAUGACCCUUUUCACCUUUAUUUAUUUACAUUAACACUUGUUCUGUUGUUGCACUCAAUCUGUAAGCAGCCAGGAAUUUCUGGGGCCAAUGUAGAGUAAUUAGAAAGUCAUUUGGCAUAUGCAAAUGACUUUCUAAUUAUUCUAACCAGCCCAAUCAUCUCUAUGCGUCAUUUGAUCAUCAUUCGGGAGAUCUGUCUGGUUAUAAAGUUAACCUGACAAACUAUAGCAAUGCCAAUACAUGUCUUUGCCAAGGAUGCAACAUGGAUAGGAGACUUAAUCCAAGGGAUUAUUUUGGUUACAUUCAAAAUAAAAACGCAAAAAAAAAAAAACACAUCCUAAGGGGAAAUUAGUUUUGUACUGGACUGCUCACCCAAAAAGUGCUUACAUGGAACACGCCUGAAGCGCCAACGUGCCAGGUGUGCAUAUCAAUACUAAGCCACCUGGGCCCUUCACUAUGGAUUCUGUUUAAUGCAGGCUCCUGUGGGAUGUCAGAAAACCAAUUCACCUGGCCAUUACUGUGAGGGCUUCCGUCAGCAAAGAAAUAGAACUCUGGGAUUUAUAGCAUUAAUGUUAAAAAUCAGUAGACAGGUGAUUGUACCAUUGUUUCUGAUGUUGCAACAUCGCAAUCUGGUUGAAAAUACAUUUCCUGUCAUUGCUCUCAAUACCUAUAGCUGGGACACAUACUUUUGGUAAAGGUUGGGGCUAAAAUAUAUGGUUCUAGGAGCCACAGCCCAUGACAUUUUCUAGAGUUCGGUAUAGCGAUGAGUAACUGUGUUCAGGGUAUAAGUAACAGUACAUAAAAUAACAUCCUUUCUAUAACUCUAAUUGCAGAUUUUGUGUGUGAUUCCUUUUGAAUUAUUCCGAUGGAUCCUGAUCAUUGUGGCUAUGAGUAUCUCUGGUUUUGUCCUCGUUCUUGCUUUCUGGCCUCAUAUCCGCAACGACAACAAAAUGGCUUCCCUUGGCAUGGUGAUUGGCAUGAUUGCUCUGCAUGUCCUAAUGGCUGUAGGCUUCAAGGUACCAACUGCCUGUAUUCAUUCCAUGAAAAGUUAUGUGAUGGAAAUGUGUGUUUUCUUUUUUCUAUAAAAGGACAAAAAACUUUAUUUUAAUCUGACUAUUACAUUUCCAAUGAUGACUGGUAUUCACAACUGCAGUGCCAUAUUUCCAAGUGCCCAUUCUGUGUGGCUGCUUUCUCACAAUAUCACACUGUACAAAACAUGUUUCACUAAUGAUCCUUAGUCAUUUUUGUUUUGCUCCACCCAUUCCUAUGCUACAAAGUAAUUUGUUUCCAAUCUUCUAUGUAAAUAUCUACAUGCACCUUACCAAACAAGCAUGAACUCAUUGCCACUUUUAAGUUAUUCCGCACUCCCUCCCCCCUAAUAGAUUUCUGGUAUAACACGAAAACCAUUCAAAGACCGAGUGUAAUUGAUAAAUAUGGAAACAUCUUUUUAUAGAGACAGUAACCUGAAUUUCCACACCCUAAGACAGUGGUUUUCAACCUAUAUCCUGGAGAACACUAGUGUGCUGUAACAACCCAGAAGUCAUUGAAGUAGCUUAUCUUUUUAAGUCUCUUGUUUUUU